ACCUAUUGAUUUUUCAACAUCUUCACUCAUUUCAUAAACUUCGCCUUGAUCUAGUAGUCUAGAUACAAGAUGAUUUUCCAGAAAGUUUUGCGAUUCACUUUAAGCUCACUUCUUCCGUUUCUUAUUGCAGUUUGUGUGGUAAAGGCAGGUCAACAAACCGACAGUAAAAAUCGAUAUGUGGUUGGAAACUGCAUAUUUUUACAUAUCAGUACCAUAUCCGUAGUAGGAAUGCGCGCACAUCUCUCAACGGGCGAAUUUUUAGGAAGUUUCUGUACGGAACUCAGCUUAAAAGAAAUUGAAAAAAAAUCUGCGAAACAGGGUUUGGAUAUCACUGCCAAAGUGAAAGAUUGCAUACUAAAUUACGCAGAAGAAGACCUGUUUCAAAAAUACUUGGAAAUUGGAACCGAAAUCUUGGAAAAAAAUAAACAACACGAAGAACAAUUCGUAGAAGCUGAAAAUUCGGAACAGCCAGAAUCCCAGUUAUUGGAUUUGCAAUCACUGCGAAUCAGUCCAUCAACUGACGUAGAUGAUCAGCAAAAAAAUCAAGACGAAGAACUAGAAGCUGAGAAACCAAAACUACCAGAAUCCCAAGUAUCGGAUCCGCAGUCACCAGCACGAGUCAGUCCAUCAACCCACGUAGAUGAUCAGCAAAAAACACAACACGAAGAACUGGAAACUAAAAAAACGAAACUACCAGAAUCCCAAGUAUCGGAUCCGCAGUCACCAGCACGAGCCAGUCCAUCAACUGACGUAGAUGAUCAGCAAAAAAGUGAUUCUCUACAGAAUCCAUUUGAAGAGUAUGAAACUGGCAUAGAUGUUUCACAAUCAACGGAAAUAUUUAAAAAGAGCGAAUUCACCGCAUUUGCAACAGGAUUAUGCGAAUCGACAGAAUUCGUCAGAUUUGAAGACAUCGAAGAUCCCAAGGAUAUAACCGACACGUUGGUUUGCAGUGAGAAAUGCAUCUCGAGGUUAUUCAAAAGGAUUCAAGAAGUAUUGGAAAAUUUAUGGCAGACAACGGAAGCUGCUAAGAUUGCAAAAAGUGCAGAAACUCGAACAGUGGGCAAAAUGCCACAGCUGCCGGACCGAUUCAAAUUUAUCCCAGAUUGUAUGGCUGCAAAGGUUUCAACUCCACAGCAAGUUACCAAUGUUGCAAAAUCUUAUCUGCAGAAAUACAAUGACGUCUAUUUUAAACUCCAUUCUGAAUACAUUUUAAUAACUGAUGCGCAAAUGGAUGAAAUACUACCACAGGCCUUUUUUGAUUAUGAAAGUUGCGUGAAAUGGGAUUGUUCAUUAUAUAACCAUAGUGAUUUUCCAUUAUCUGGCUGGAUAGAGGAAAAUGCACGCAAUCCGGAUAUCAAAAAUGCACUUUUCAGAAUGCUUCUGCAGAAACAGCCCGAAUUUCAGAAUGAACCUUCUGCGGGUGACAUGCUCAAAAAACAGUUGGAUCCAAGUGUGGAAGUGAAUACAAGUUCUGCUCAAGAAGAAGUGGACGAAAGGACUAAUAUAAAUAAAUCAAAAGUAGCAUAAACUAGGCGAUGUCGUCAAUCAUCAUAAUACUACCCAAUAAUUAUAAAAUAGAAUAAUUUUAAGUAGGUAACUCCUUAUUGUAAGCUCUUGGUUCUCAAGUAAUAAUUCUGCAUACACGUAAUUCUAUUAAUUUGAACCUAAAUUUCAAUGCGACUACAGCCAGAACCGUGCCGAACGGGGGGGAGGGGGGGGUCUCUCUUCUCUUACUCGACGAAAAAUUUAGGCGAAAAGUUGGGAAUUUUCGGGAAAGAUUGGGUGAGUUGGAAAAAGUUGAAAAAAUUAAGAAACUGCUGAGAUAAGUCCAACUGAUAUGUUUUAUUCAUCGCCAUUUAUGGCGUUAGGUGAAAGUAAAAAUUACAGCUUACACAAUAUUUAAUCGUAAGUAAGUUAAUGCAUUCGUAUAACUGAAUUGACUGUCUGAAAGAGAGGAAGCCUGGAUUGACAUUUUUGAUUUUUGAGAGAAAAUCGUAUGAGAAAAUAAGUAGGUAUUGAUCUUAAUACAGCAGAUCAAUAGAUAAAAGCGUCAGAGAAGAGCUUUUUGGCAACGUUGCAUUCUCACAUUGAGAAUUUAUGAUGGAUUAAGCAUGACUUCGGUUUUUCAAAUUCAUUUGCUUCGAUUUUUAUUUUUCAGCUUUGUAAAUUAUUUUUGAUUUAAAAACGGAGAUUUCAAAAAAAAUUAAUUAGUUUUUUUCAUGGCGCUUCAGAUAAAUUUUAAUAUAGCAUUUAAAGAAUUUAACCAAUUGAAAUGGGACCAAUUCAAUGAUUCACUUUUUUCCUGCCAAAAAUAUUUGUUUUUUUUUGUUGGAAAUUGAACGAAGUAAAGUUUAAUUUUUUGGUUGCCCUUUUUUUUCUUUUUUUUUUGUUGUUGGCAGAGUGACAUUUGGCCUUGAACAUUUUUUCUAUAGCACGCUCAUCGAAACACGUAUUGUACAAUUUUUGGGUUCUCAAAUACUCGUAAGCGGAGAAAUUUUUUGUAGUUCAAAAAUAGAUUUUCUCUUUUUUAUUUCUCUAAUCAAUUCAAUUACCUAGAUCGAAGUUGUUUGCUAAUUGGUACCUGUAUGAUUUAAUGACCUGAUCCUUUCCAUCCUCUCUUUCACCAAAAAACACGCUGUCAUGCAAAAAAAAAAAAUAAAUAAAAAAUUGGCAAAUAAAAAAAUGAAAUGAAUU